AUGGUCAAGCCCCUCACAUUCAAAGGCGACAAGCCAAAGAAACGCAAGACCCGCACCAUAGAAAAUGAUGCGCGAGCUCCCAAAUCGCGCAAAACCGAACCCGAGCCAGAACCAGAGGACAACCCAGAAGACCAAAGCUGGGUCUCCGCCGACUCCCCAAGCGAUAUCGCCGGCCCAGUAAUCAUAGUCCUACCCUCAGACGACCCAACCUGUGUCGCUAGCGACGCCAACGGCCAAGUCUUCGCCAGCAAGCUCGAGAACCUCGUCGACGGAGACCCAGGAACGGCAGAACCGCACGACGUGCGACAAGUCUGGGUUGCGUCGCGGGUGGCGGGGACGGAGUCAUUUAGUUUCAAGGGACAUCAUGGAAAUACGAAUCCUUCCUCGCAAUCCCCUCCCCGGAAGUCACGGGGACAUUCUCCCCCUCAAACGCACGGCGGCGACGGCGAGUCCUUCCUCUCAAUAAAAGAAAACAGCAAAGCCGCAUCCGGCGUUGAGAUCCGCGGCGACGCGAAUACGAUUUCCUUUGAGACGACUGUGCGCGUGCGCAUGCAGGCGAGGUUCAAGCCGAAGUUGCGCGCAUCGAAAGAGAGCAAGGCGUAUGAGAAGAUUAGUAAGAAGGAGCUUGAGGGGAUUGUUGGGAGGGGGCUGAAUGAUGAUGAGGUUAAGAGGUUGAGGAAGGGGAGGAGGGAGGGGAAUUUCCAUGAGGUUUUGCUUGAUGUUAAGGUUAGCGGGAAGCAUGAUAAGUGGGCUUGA